CCUAUAAUCAAAAUAUAAACAAGAUUUAUUACCCGCUAUCGAUUCCACACGUUCUACGUUUUUGAGCUGGUUUUCGUAAUAGAUUAGUUAGGCCGAAUACUAUGGAUCUCAAAACAUACAAAAAAAUUCAUCCGGUCAAAUAUUACAAGGAUCAUUUGGAAAACAAAAUACGACCGGACGGACGAGAAAUUGGUGACCUACGCCCUCUGGCAAUAAACUUUGCUUCGAUAAAAACAGCUGAUGGUUCUGCUAUCGUAAAAAUUGGCAACACAACUGUUGUGUGCGGUAUAAAGGCAGAACUAGCUCCACCAAAACCAAUAGAACCAGAAACUGGAUUCCUUAUACCGAACAUUGAGAUUUCACCACUCUCUUCGCCCAAGUAUCGGCCGGGGCCACCAUGCGAAGAAGCACAAGUGUACACAUGUUCGCUUGCUGAUGCAAUUUUGAAUUCCGGAUGCGUUAAUCUAAGGGAUCUAUGCAUUACUAAAGAAAAGCUUGUGUGGGCACUGUAUUGUGAUUUGAUUUGUUUGGAUCAUGAUGGAUGUGUUUUUGAUGCUGCAGUGAUAGCUUUGGUGGCUGCUUUACACACCCUAAGAUUGCCAAACAUUAAUCACAAUCCAGACACGGAUGAACGGGAGGUUUUGGACGAUGAAGAACGGAAGCUACUGACAUUGAAAACGAUACCGGUAACCACAACAUUCGCUGUGUUUCGUGGGACAAUCAUAGCCGAUCCAACAGCAGAAGAAGAGGAGCUAGCCACGUCCACUAUAACGAUUACAAUUUGUGAUUCGACGUUGAGUUAUAUUAACAAGAGCGGUGGAGAUCCACUCGAACAGGACCUACUUGAUGAGUGCAUUGAAAACGCAAUGAAACGAGAAAAAUCUGUCCGGUCUCUGAUUCGGAAAAUGUUGAAAAAUAAAUCGUAUAUAUAGUGAUGAGUGUUGUUGAUCGACAUUAAUUA